AUGAUCAGACCAGACCUCUUGAAGGACAUUCAGGCCAGUCUCCAUCCCGCUCCCACUGAUAAUCGUCUUAAAGGUCUCCAUGAGACACACAGAGAAGGUGUUUCUGAAUCUACAAGAACUAUAGAGGAUCAGACUUCUCCUGGAGAUCCACAAACCAGAGCUGUUGGCUUUGAGACUCGAUACACAGAGGUGAUGGUCUUUAAACAAUUCAAAAGAACCUACAGUGAGACUCACCAUGAACUGGAGAAGAUGGGGAGACAACAUGCAGAGCUAAUAAAGGUGUGGACAAAAGAGAAAUGUGAGCGAAUCUGGACUGAGCAGCUUUUAGGAGGAGUCCAGGAAUUCAGGGAGCUUAACCUACUAGACACAGAGACAGAGCCACAGAUGCCUCUGACCAGGCUGAUUUCUGGUCAGAAGGACAUUACUGAAGGGCUGCACAGUCCUGAUACAACCAGACCAACAGCCCUGGAGACCCUGGACAUGGAGAGAGUUGAUCGAUUUGCAGAGAUCCUGGGGUUCUUCCCUGAACAAAGGCUGAUGUACUUUAAGAAGUUCUUUGGUGAUGCUGAUCAGGGCUCUGAGGCUUUUCAGUAUGUGGAGGAGAACGCCAUCCUGUACACCAUGUGCUUCAACCCCUCAUACUGCUGGAUUAUCUGCUCUGUACUGAAAAGCCACUUCAUGACACCUGAGGAAGAGAGAGGAGCUGCACCCAGAACUGUCACUGAGCUCUUUGUGAUGUUCCUUCACAACAUCCUCACCAAACACAAACGAGAAGCUGAGGAUCUAUGGGAUUUUCUGGUCAAACUUGGGAAAAUGGCUCAUCAUGGGGUGGUGAACAGGACUCUUGUGUUUUAUGAAAAUCAAGACAUGUCCACCUUUGGUCUCCAGCCAGUCCUGUCCUCUCCAUUCCUCUCAGGGUUCCUCAAAGAAAUCCUUCAGAGAGAAAGCACUCUGGAGCACACAACAUACACAUUCUACCACCUCACCCUGCAGGAGUUCAUGGCCGCCUGCUCCUUCUACCUCGAUCCAUCAGGAGACAUUGAGGAGCUGCUUGUGAAGUUGGAGUUGUGUAAAGAUGGCCGGUUUGAGAUUCUCACUCGAUUCCUGGCAGGACUGGCCAGGGAUUCUGUGUUUAAAACACUGGGGGGAGUCAUGGGGAGUUUAAGAGGAAGACAGCAAAGCAGAUACUAGAGUGGGUAAAGAAGAAAGCUGAAGCAGGCACUACUGAGGACGAGAUAAAAGUGAAACUCUGCGAGUGUGUCGGUGGCUCUAUGAAACUCAGAAUGACAAAUUAAUCAGAGACGCCAUUGGGAAGGAUUUAAAGAUGGACUUUAGUAAGAUGACUUUAUCUCCUCUGGACUGUG